AUGGACAUCCCUCUAUCAUCCGAUGCUCUGGAUCUUUCCUUCCAUCCAGACGAAAACAAAAACCUACUCGCUGUAGGACUCAUCUCAGGUAAAAUCCAACUGAUCAAUUAUGACGACUAUGCUUCUGCCCCUUCCUCCUCUCGCACGCCCGCACCCGCCUCCUCCUCGCCACCCUCAAAGAAGAUCCGCACCUCCUCUGAUCCCGUCACCACCUCACCAGCCAAACUUUACGAAAAAGUAUGGAUCUCCCGUCCAAGCAAGAAAUCAUGUCGAGGCCUAGCAUUUCACCCCACCACCCCGCACAUUUAUAGUAUUAGCAAGGACAAAAGCCUGUUCAAGACAGAUGUAGAGACCGGCAGAGUGGUUGACAGUUGGAUCAGGGUCCAUGAUGCAGCACCGAGCCGCGUGUUGCCGAUAGAUGAAGGCAUGGUUGUCACGGGUGAUGACGAUGGAGUUGUAAGACUUUUUGAUCCUAGAAAGGGGGGAAAGGGAGGGCAAGUUAGGAAGUGGGAACAUCAUUUUGAUUGGAUCACCGAUCUCCUUUUCCUCCCUGAUCUUCCCAUUCCGAAAAAAGGCAAAGGGCAGGCGGCAGGGAGGAAAAGUAAAACUCAGCUUAAGAAGCAACGGAAGAAAGCACGACAAGCUGCACUAGUCAAAGCUCAGCAGGAUCAAAGUGAUGAACAGAGUCAGGGGGAGAGUAGUGACGAAGAUGCGGGAGAGGAGGAAAAGAGACAAGGUAGGCAAAGAUUAAUGGUAACCUCUGGAGACGGUUCCCUGUCUAGCAUAGAUCUAAGAUCUUCAGGACCAACCUCUUUCGAAUUAUCCCAAGACCAAGAAGACGAACUGCUCUCCAUCACUUGCAUCCGCUCUUCGUCAAAGUUAGUUGUUGGCACACAACUCGGCAUUCUUUCGCUUUGGAACCCGUCUCGAGGCUUACUGGAUCACGUCGAUAGAGUUCCGGGUCACCCAGCUUCCGUCGAUACACUCGUCACUCUGGACAACGAGACUGUUUUGACUGGUAGCUCAGAUGGACUUGUGAGGGUUGUUCAAAUAUUGCCGAGUAAGUUGUUGGGUGUGAUUGCAAGUCAUGAUGGCUUACCAGUGGAAAGGAUGAGAAGAAAGGCCAAUGUGUUGGGUAGUAUUGGUCAUAGUCAUGCCGUUAAAUUUACUGAUUUGACUCCCUUGUUGGAUGAUGACGAUGGAGAGGGGGAAGGGGAGGAGGCAGAGGCGGGACCAUUGGGGGUUGUUGGGUUCCAUCCGGAUGCGCAUAGUGAUGAUGAUCAAGAAGAGGAACAAGAGGAGGACGAGUUUGCCGGGUUACAAAACCAACCUUCCCCCGACGACUCCGACCAAGAUGACGCAGAGGCUAGCGAAGAGGAGGAGGAAGAGUCAGAAGAAGAAGCACCACCAUUCUCGAAGGGAAAGAAGGGCAAAAGUCAAUCAUUCUUCACCGACCUCUAA